AUGAUUAUUUUCAAAGAUCUCUUCUCCGGUGACGAAUUGUUGUCCGACGCUUACGAUGUCAAGUUAGUUGACGGUGUCGUUUACGAAGCCGACUGUGACUUGGUUCAAGUCAGACCAGGUGCAGAUGUUGACAUCGGUGCCAACCCAUCUGCUGAUGGUGGCGACGAAGAUGUCGAGGAAGGUGUUGAAACCGUCAACAACGUUGUCUACUCUUUCAGACUCCAGCAAACCGGUUUUGACAAGAAGUCUUUCUUGACUUACAUCAAGGCUUACAUGAAGGCUGUCAAGGCUAAGUUAGCUGAAACCAAGCCAGAAGAAGUUGAGGUCUUCGAGAAGGGUGCUGCUGCUUACGUCAAGAAGGUCAUUGGUUCUUUCAAGGACUGGGAAUUCUACACCGGUGAGUCCAUGGACCCUGAUGCCAUGAUUGUCUUGAUGAACUACAGAGAAGACGGUGAAACUCCAUUCGUCGCUAUCUGGAAGCAUGGUGUUAACGAAGAAAAGAUCUAA